ACGGAAUCUUUAGUACUAGGGGUCGCUUCGUAGCGAGUGAACGUUUACCGGAAAAUGUGGAAAAUCUCAUAAAAAAUACAAUUUUCCUUAACAUUUUGAUAGACAGAAGUGAUUUGUGUGUUAUUUUGUGACAAUCACUGUGUCUGUGUCGGGAUGCAAACGUAACGGAGCACGGGUGAGGCAGUGUGCCACAGAGAGGGAUAGAUGCUAAGACAUGGCGUCGUGGUUAUUCAUCGCGGCCAUAUUUGCAGCUGCAAACGCACAGAGUAAUAGAAAUGAUGGACCGCGGUUUCUGUCAAGAGGACAUUCUUUCAGAACUGUGGUAGGAGACACACUUCUGUUGCCGUGUCAAGUACAAAAUUUAGGUUCGCUGGUAUUACUAUGGAGGCGAGGUCCCGCUGUGUUGACGGCUGCCAGUCUCAUGGUCACUAGAGAUGAGAGAUUCCGUCUUGUUGAUGGCUACAAUCUUCAGAUCACUGAUGUGGGGCCACAGGAUGCUGGUGACUACGUCUGUCAGAUCUCAGACCGUGUAGCCCGAGACCAGGUCCACACAGUUGAGGUACUGGUCCCUCCUAGUGUGAGACCCUCACCGGAGUCCCGACAUGCUGCCGCCAGACGCGGUGGUGCUGCGGUACUGGAGUGUAGAGCAUCUGGGAAUCCUGUGCCUACAGUUACUUGGCAUAAGCUGAACGACACAAGUACCCGGCUCGGCGAGGGGCCGCAACUUCAGCUGUCGCGAUUGGAGCGUCAACACAGCGGACGUUACGCGUGUACUGUUGAUAACGGCGUUGGACCGCCAAUUGUUACCGAAUUCCAGCUGCAGGUGCUAUUUCCCCCUGAGAUCACAGUGGAAAGAUCGUGGGUUCAUACGGGAGAGGGGUUCAGAGCUGAACUCUUGUGUACGGUGCUGGCUGACCCUCCGGCUGAGGUACUGUGGUAUCAGAAUUCGUUUCCACUAUCUGCCAGUGAGAGGGUCACCAUGUCGGUCCGUGGAAAUAACCACACCCUACUCAUUGCUAACGUUCAACCAGAGGACUUUGGGAACUACACCUGUGUAGCAGACAACAGUCUGGGCCGAGCUCGCCAGCAUGUAGAAGUGUCAGGUCGACCUGGUCCCGCCAGAUUCACGUCUCCUCCCCUGGCGAGGGCACCGACGUCCUAUACCCUGGCCUUUGCAGUGGACAGCUAUCCUCCUUUGGAUGAGCUGCGACUUCUCUACCGUCAGCUCGCUAUCAACGAGUCCUUCCAGCAGCCAGGUCGUUGGCAUGAUGUAGUUAUUCCAGCUCCAGAGCCCACGGGGUCCCUGACACACCGCGUCUCCCAUGAGCUGAAGGGGCUGGAGCCAGGUGCGGUGUACGAAGCUAUUGUUCAGGCCAAGAAUCGAUAUGGGUGGAAUGAGGUAAGUGACAUCUUCCAAUUCCACACCCUGGGUGGGCGGCACUCGGUACACGCGAAUGAGCUCUCACCUAUGUUCUCGUCGGCGUCACAAAUACGACUGACGUUUUCGCUGCUAGUUUGCUCCCUUUACGCCUUCGGAUGACUAGUAAUAGACAACAUCAAUUCUGACAUUUCCGUUCGUUAUUCCCGCAGAAUAACUUUUAUACCUGAAUUGUAAUUUUGAUAUUUUAUAUUAAAUGUAUAUUUUGUUUUAAGUCUAGGUAAUUUCGAUUAUAUGGAUAUAGAGUUUGAGGAGUUUCUUUCACUAUAUCCAUGUAAUAUGUAGAAAUAAUUAUCGUAAAACGAUAACUACUAUAACACCAAAGUAUCUAAGGUAGAAGUUUCUAUAUCUGUCAUGGUUUUGGUAUAACAUUUUCACACAUUUUCAUCUUAUAACAAGUCUUUAGUCAUUUUACAUUAAGGUUCUAGAAUCGGUGAAAGCUUCUUAAGACUAAUUUACUUAGAAUUUCGAAUUUCCUUUUACAAAAACAUGACAGAUACAAUUUCUAAGUGUUGUGAUUAAGCCAGUUAAAUUUAAUUUAAAUCCAACUUUCAUAAUUUUUCUUACAUUUCAGACAGAUUUACUUAUUUGACCAAUUUUGUAUGUUUGUAAAUCGGCCUAUUAAGUUUUGUAUAUAGAAUAAUCUUUUUCUCAACAUUAUAUAAAAUAAAUUAUAGCGGCCCUAGUGUUACUCCUUGGUA